AUGGGGCUCCGAGAGCUGCGGCCGGCUGCAGCCGUCGGCCCGUGGCGCCCCAGCCCUUGGAGCAUCGUGGCGCAGCACAGCGCACAGUUCCGGGGCAACACGCAGCACGACGCCCUCGAGUUCCUGCUCUGGCUGCUCGACCGCCUGCACGAGGACCUGGGCUCCUCCUCGCCCGUCCCCAAGCCCCGUGGCGACGAGCAGGUUGGUGGCCCUUGCGGCGCGUGCGCCGAGUCCUCGCUGACCUGCCCGCACUGCCGCAAGCAGAGCAACACCUUCGACCCCUUCCUGUGCGUCUCGCUGCCGAUCCCCCCGCGCCAGACCAGGCCGCUCAACGUCAACUUGGUCUUCCAGUGCAAGAGCCUGCGGUUUGGGCCCCCGCUGGUGAUGCGAGAGGACCGAGGCGUCUCCUGGGAGCAGCUCCAGCAGUGCAUCCUGGCCAAAAUGCGUUACCUGAUGAGGAGCGAGGUGCCGCCGCAGGGCGCCGGAGCCCUGUUCCGCAUCCGCGUGGCCGGCAGCUCCGUAGGCUGCAGCUACCUGGCAACCCCGGACAACCGCCCGCUGCACUGUCACCCCUGCAGGGCGCUGCAGUUGGGCGGCCCGGGCGGCCCUCCCCACGUGAAGCUGACGGUGGAGUGGGACAUCAGCACCAAGGAGCGCCUCUUCGGCAGCAUCCAGGAGGAGGUGGUGCAGGACGCGGAGAGCGUGCGGCUGCAGCAGCAGGCGCACCAGCAGCAGCACAGCUGCACGCUGGACGAGUGCUUCCAGCUCUACACCAAGGAGGAGCAGCUGGCACCAGACGACGCGUGGCGCUGCCCGCACUGCAAGGUGCUGCAGCAGGGCACGGUGAAGCUGAGCCUCUGGACCUUGCCCGACAUCCUCAUCAUCCACCUCAAGCGCUUCCGCCAGGUGGCUGAGCGCCGGCACAAACUCACCACGCUGGUGCGCUUCCCUCUGCGGGGUCUCGACAUGGCCCCCCACGUGGCCCAAAGAGGCCAGGCGCCCGGCAAGCAAGUGCUGGGACACUGGGCGCCCUGGAAGGCCCCGCUCUACCUGCCCGAGAGCUGCCAGCUUGACUACCUCUACGACCUGUACGCCGUCUGCAACCACCACGGCAGCAUGCAGGGGGGGCACUACACGGCCUCCUGCUGCAACUCUCUGGACGGGCGCUGGUACAGCUACGAUGACAGCACGGUGGAGGGGGUGCAAGAGGACGAGGUGAGCACCCGCAGCGCCUACAUCCUCUUCUACCAGCGCAGGAACGCCAUCCCCAGCUGGUCGGCCAGCAGCUCCAUGAGAGGCUCCACCAGCUCCUCCCUGUCUGAUCACUGGGUGUCGCGGCUCAGCACCCAGCGGGAGAGCACGGGCUCGCGGGGCUUUGCCACGUGCCCCUCGCUGCCCCGCACCCCCAGCUCGCCCAGCUUCCCCGACGCAGGCAGCAGACUGGAGAAGGGGUACUGGGAGAGGCUUUUCCAGAGCUUGCAGCGCUACUACCACGGGGAAGCCAUCACGGGGCUGCUACUGCUGUACCCCUCCUGCAUGGUCCACGCGCUCGAGCCGCUGCAGAGACGCAGCGCGGCGCCCUCUACCCUCUGCAGGCCUCCCGUGCUCUUCUCCGUGCUGCGGGCCCUGCGGGACGCGGGGCAGCAGGGACACAGGCCACUUGUCAUGGAGCCCAAGAUCGUGGUGCUGUCACACAACAUCCCCACGCGACUGUUCCACCAGUGGAGCUACCAGGCGCCGAAUGUGUCCAUGGGCCCGGUGGCUGCUGGUGCGGAGCCCCUUGAGGGCCUCGUGGGCGAGUGCUUGGCCACGCUGCUGCGCCUUGGCCAGCUGCAGCAGCACCCGGAGAGCCCCCCGCACGGCCUGGAUGCGCUGGUGGAGCAGGUCCCCGAGCUGCUGGGUUUGGAGGCUGCCGCGGGGCACCUCCUGGUGUGCGCUGAGCUGCAGAGCCCCGAGCAGUUCCUGCAGGCCUACGACAGCCCCCUGCACCCCAGCCUGGGCGCGGACCAUGUGUGGCCGGUCUGGGAGCACUUGGCGCUCCCCUCCGCGGCCUUGCAGCAGACAUGGCCUAUGGGGACCCUGGAGCUCCCUGACGGCCGCAAGGAUUCCCGAGCCCUGCAGCACGGAGGCUUUGCCGCAGGCCCUGGGAUUGGCAGCUGA